AAAAUAUUCCAUUUGUUAUCACUCCAAAAACUAAUAAAAUAUUCUACUUGUUUAUUGUCAUCACUUCUUUUCUUUUUCUUUUUUUUCUUUUUUCAAUUUUUGUGUAGCACCAGUUGGCAACAGCAAGGGACGAAACUGCUUUUUGGAGUCUCGGCAAAGGGGGAAAUUCUUUCCAGGGAGCAUUUUUAACUUCGAUCACUUUUAGAGAGAGAGAGAGAGAGAGUCUGAUCCGCUUCGACUUCGAUUGCACAAUAAAGAAUAAGAAAAGCGCGCAUGCACGAACGAUCAGUCUCAUCUGUCGGAAAUUGUUGAAGCUCGAUCUGUUUGUCCCGUCUGUCUAUUCUGGAUUCCCAAACUCUUUUAGCUUUUCAUGUUUGCUGGUUAAUUUCCUUUUCCCCAAUACUAUAUUCACGCAGAAGGAGUGAACCAUAAUGCACACUCCUCGUUUUCCUGAUCGAAUCAGAUUUCAAGCAACUUCAAUUUGUAGUAACUAGAGAGAUCGAGGAGGCUUUACUUUAUUGAAUGCGGAUCAGUGAGCGUAUAUAAAGGCGCUAUCUGGUAGCUGGCCGGGUUUGGUUUAUCUGAAGUAAGAAAUGGCGUCCGCUGAGAAGGCGAGCUCCAAAGCCCAAGCAUGGUUUUGCACGACGGGGUUACCGAGCGACAUUGUGAUAGAAGUUGGUGACACGACCUUCCAUCUCCACAAGUUUCCUCUGAUGUCCAAAAGUAGAAAGCUUCACCUUCUGAUAACGGAGCAAGAAGAGACAAACCUUACUACGCUCCAAACGACCUCUGAACACGAAGUUUGCGAAGCAGACGAUGAGAUUCAGCAGGAGCUCUGCCACAUCUCUCUACCAGAAUUCCCAGGUGGUUCCCACGCCUUCGAGACUGCUGCGAAGUUUUGCUACGGCGUUAAGAUUGAACUCUCUUCUUCCAAUGUCGCGCCUCUCCGAUGCGCGGCGGAGUUUCUCGAAAUGGCCGCCGACUACUCGGAAGACAAUCUCAUCUCAAGAACAGAGAGAUUUCUCUCCCAAUCUAUCCUCAAGAGUCUUAAAGAAUCCAUCAAUACCUUAAAAUCGUGCGAGCAGCUGAUGCCCAUGGCCGAGGAAUUGAACAUUCCGCAAAGAUGCGUGGAUUCUAUCGCCGUGAGAGCGUCUGCCGCUGAUCCGUCGCUCUUCGGGUGGCCGGUGAACGACGGAGCUGGAGAUCCGGCCAGAGCUUAUUCGAAACAGAUCUUGUGGAACGGCAUAGAUACUGGCACGCGCCGAAAGGGCGCAGGUAAGGCUAAUGAGCAGGACUCGUGGAUUGAGAAUCUCGCGCUUCUUAGUCUUCCUCUGUUCAGGCGUUUGAUUACGGCCAUGAGAUCUCGAGAUCUGAGUGCGGACAUUAUAGAGAGCUGUCUCAUUUGUUAUGCGAAGAGGUACAUUCCAGGCAUCUCUCGUUCCGGUAGGAAACCGUCGUCGUCUUCGACAUCGUCGGCAUCUGUAGCUUCGGAGACUGAACAGAGAGAACUGUUGGAGACGAUUAUUACGAGUCUUCCGCCAGAGAAGAGCUCGAGGUCUGCAACGGCGACGAGGUUUCUGUUCGGAUUAUUAAGAACGGCGAACAUUUUGACCGCGUCGGAAACUUGUCGAGCUGCUUUGGAGAAGAAGAUCGGGUCGCAGCUGGAGCAAGCAACAUUGGACGAUCUUCUGAUUCCGAGUUAUUCAUACCUGAGCGAGACGCUUUACGACGUCGAUUGCGUGGAAAGGAUCUUAAACUACUUCCUGGAGGAGUUGGAAGAGAGAUCUGCUGCUGGAAUCGAAGACGAUGAUGAUGCCAGAUCCACGGAGCUGAUGUUCGUCGGGAAAUUGAUGGACGGAUACCUGUCGGAGAUCGCUUCGGACGCCAAUUUGAAGCCGGAAAAGUUUUACGAACUAGCCGUCACUCUUCCAGAACACGCUCGGCUCUUCGAUGACGGCCUCUACAGAGCCAUUGAUGUCUACAUCAAGGCGCAUCCAUGGAUAUCAGAAGCAGAGCGGGAGAAGAUCUGCGGAGUGAUGGACUGCCAGAAGCUCACGUUAGAGGCGUGCACUCACGCCGCACAGAACGAGCGCCUUCCGUUGCGAGCGGUGGUUCAGGUGCUAUUCUUCGAGCAGGUCCAGCUCCGCCACGCGAUCGCGGGAUCUCUCCUUGCCGCGGACCCUGACCUGCCGCAGCACUCCGCCAGACCUUCCUUCACAAGGCGGGGAAACGAAGGGGACGACGGCGACGAUGCGGCGGAAGACGCACCGGCUGGAGAUGGCAGUGGUUUGCGAGCGGCGGUGAGAGGCAAUCAAGUGCUGCGGCUGCACAUGGACAGCAUGAGGACGCGCGUGCAGGAGCUGGAGCGUGAGUGCUCCAACUUGAAGAAGGCCAUCGGGAAGAUAGAUAAGGUGGGCCCAGCUGGGAGAGGGGUGCGCAGAGGCUCCUCCUUCGCAAAAAAGUUUGGGUGCAAGUUCAAGGCGCAGGUGUGUGAUUCGCAUGAACCCACGGUUGCAGGCGGGAGGAAGAGUCGGCAUCGUCACCAUCACAAGCAAGAGUAGAGGUUAUCACACGCGUUCCCGUGACGCUACGAUUCAUCACGGGUGAUCGCCACCUCGUGGGUUCACCCUCGCGCGCCCCAUCAAGGUUCUGUCAUUUUGACCAGUUGUCUUGACCGAAUUUAAUUUUUUUAUGGUGGGUUGGUCUAUGUAUUUAAUAUUGGAAUGUUGAAUAAGCUUUGCGUAGUUUCGACAAUGAAAAUCUGGUACGCACUCUAAAAAUGGCUACAUACACUACAACGUGCCAAAGAAAAUAUGGCCCGAGAAUUGGAGUGUCUGAAGCAAUUUUUAAUGUGCAUUUAUGGCUUUUCUUUAUAUAAUAUAUAUUUUUUACUUAAAAUGAAUA